UGUAAUAAUCUGCAUGUAUAAUUUAGGCUUUUAUUUAAAAUAAAAAUGGUUUCAGCAUUUCAGAUACUUUGCAAGCGGUUGUCUUAUUAUUGCUUAGUCUUGGCAUGUUCUGCAAUGUAUAUUUUUAGUUAUUUUGUUAACUUGGUACGGCUUUUUGUAAAUGGAAAAAGAUGUAUAACGAAAAAUCGUGCAUCACCCCCAUCCUGUUUAGUUAAACCUGAGUUAGGAGUUCAUGGCUAUUUGACUCUAAAAAAUCGUAAUGACUUAAAGAUUCAUUAUGUUGCAAAAGGAAAACCAGGUAACCCAUUAGUACUAUUUCUGCAUGGUUUUCCUGAGUUCUGGUAUUCAUGGCGCUUUCAGUUACAAGACCUUAGUGAUGAUCUUUAUGUUAUUGCUGUUGAUAUGACAGGCUAUGGAGAUUCAAGUAAGCCUCAAAAUCUAGAUAGAUAUCAUGUUAAUGAAAUAGCUGAAGAUAUGAAAGAAGUUAUUCUUGAAUUGGGAUACAAUUCUUGUAUUUUAGUUGGACAUGAUUGGGGUGGUGUUGUAUCUUUUUCUGUGGCUCAUAAUUUUCCUGAGGUGGUUAAUAAAUUGGUUGUUGUAAAUGUACCACACUCAAGAAGUUUUAAAAAAGCAUCAUUUAAACAAUUGUGGUGCUUUACUUAUAUCUAUUUCUUUCAGUUGCCGUUUAUUCCUGAGUGGAUUCUUUCAUCAAAUGACUUUUCUUUAUUGAACUACAUAAAAAGCAUGGCAAACUCUAAUAACUUCACUGCUUCUGAUCUUGAAGCAUACAAGUAUUGUUUUCAGAAAGGUGGUUUUACGUUCCCGUUGAACUACUAUCGAAAUCUUUAUAAUCAAGUAUAUACUUCUCGUGGUCCAUUUAAAAAGAUUGUUCCACCCACAUUAUUAAUUUGGGGUGUCAAUGAUCCAAUUUGUUUGUUGGAAUCAGGUAGGUUAUCUCUUGAAGCUUUAGAAAAUGGCAAGAUUGAAUGUAUUGAAAAUGCUUCCCAUGCUCCACAUUACGAUCAGCCUAAAGUCUUUAACUCUACACUUAUGAAGUUUAUAUCUUCAUAAUAUCUGAUAUUUUACGAUUUAACGGUUUGUUUUUUUCUUGAUUAUAAAUGCUUAUAGUAUAUAAAUACAGAAGGUGAAUUACAGAAUUUAUAAAAAUUUAUGUUUGUUACAAAAAUUUAAAAGUAUUUUUAACAUCAAAUUUGUAAAAAAUUGCACAUCUUAAAUGCAAGAAAUAAUUUUUUUAAUUUAUAUUGAUUUUUUUAUUAUUUUUUUUUUAUUAUUUUUUUAGACAAAAUGAAAUUUUUUUUUUUUUAAUGGUUUUGUUAUUAAUUUUUAGUUAUUAUAGUUACCAAAUCUCUUUAAAUAUGUCUUACCAUAGCAAUAAAUAGCUUUAAAUAGUUUACCAUAGCAAUUUUGUAAACUCUUAUAUUAAAGGCUAUCUUUAACAUACUGAUUGAAAUGAGAAAAAUUAUUUCAAAAAGA